GGAUUUGCACACGCCUGCACACGUCCACAUAGAACCCCACCAGUACAAUCCAACUUGCCGAACUUGUCAACAUCUCAAGCAUUCUGCAAGCACUCUGGCAAUGGUUUCACCCAGAUCCAAGAACCUCGUAAGCUCACAGUAACCGUCCUUUUGUCAUAGCCAACUCCGUACCUCAGCGGUUUCUUCAAUUCUCUCCUGACAAAACCUCGCUUGUCCCGACUCCCUCACAUAGUCUCCGCCAUGUGCCAAGGAGAGAGGCUGGACGGCCCAGCGGCGUCGCUCCAUCUCGUUCCUCUCCCGUCGUCGCUUCCCCAUCCGGCGGCUGUUGCGGCAGCAGACUUCUUCAGCCAUCUCCGCUGCGACCCUUGGACCUCGUCGUCACCGUCGCCGUCGCCGUCGUCGCUGCUGCUGCAUCCGCACCAGCUCACCUAUCACCGAUCGGACACCGAUGCCGGCGGAAACGGUAGCUGCUGCACCAUCAGCAGAGACGAUGCAGCCACCACCACCGCCGCCGCCGCCGCCGCCGCCGCUGCCGCGGGGAGCACGGGCUGGGCCGACGCGAUUCACGCGCCGCCGCUUGUGGGCCCGUCGUGCGAGUUGGGAGCGGAAUUGGAGAUGGAUCUGCCUGCCGCCGCCGCUGCUGCUCUGGCCAGCAUUGCUGCUGAGCUGGAGGGCGACGUGUGCUCCCCGCGAGGCCGCAAGGACCAUCAGCGCGCCGCGGCGGCGUUUCAUAAAGUCGGGCAGCGUGGUGGGACAGACGGGCAGGUGUGCGGCGGGCAGGCGGAAUGGCCCGAUCGGCUGCUGGAGAACUGGUCGUCGCGCGCGGAGGGCGACGACUCGGAGGAGCGGUGUUGGCGGAAGAGCUCCCCGCAGUGGGGGGAGAGCUCUUUCGGCGACAUUCUCUCGGCGCGCAGAGGCACAUGCACCGACACCGUGACGGGCGACGGCCGCGGUGGCGGCGGCGGCGGCGGCGGUGAUAUCGCGGAUUUUGCCGCGGAAAAUGCCGGCGGUGGCGGUGCUUCUGGGGAGCUGUUGCUCGACGCGGUGCUCGCGGCGUGCAACUUGAAGGGCGCGGCGGGGCGUGAGCGGAAGCCUUCCGCUGAGGGGAAGGGUGAGGCGACGCAGCCGGCGCGUUUCGCGGGCGCGACGGCCGCCGCUUGCCCCCCCGCCAACUCCGGUGCCGCGCUCGCCGUCUCUACCGCCGCGAAUAGCGCCGACGCAGCCGCCACAUUUUCCGGCAUGGUUCCGUCGGCGAGCGAGGAACUCGAAGCGUGCGCGGCGCGGCGCGAGAUGGCGACGCUGGCGGCGGGGCGACUGCCGACAGACUACCCUCCCCACAACUCUGGCACGACCAACGAGCGCCACAGCGACGAGCGCGGCAAUGACUUGAGGGAGGGCGCUCGUGGAUUGGCGCGGGGGGCUCCUCCGCCGUUCGUAUCGUCGUCGCUUGCGGAGGUGGCGGCUGCUCUGGAGCGAGAGACCAGCGGCGGGAGCUCCAACAGCAGAGGCGGUGGCUGGGACGGCAAGGGCGACGAGGGGAUCCGCGCGUCGUCGUUGCUACUGGGCCGAGGGCAUGGGGUGCCGGCGCCUGUGGGCGCUGGUGGCGCUGGCGGUGCGAAGGGAGGCGUGGGAAAGAAGCGCAGAUGGUGCGACGUGGCGCUCAUGCUGGCAGGGGGUGCUAGCGGCCCCAGUGGUGCCGCCGCGGCCUCUGCCGCCGCCGCCGUGGCAGUGGCGCCGGUGGCUGCUGUUGCGGAUAUGUGGGGCCGGAGGAAUGGAGAGCAAGGGCAGCAGCAGCAGCAGCGAGCAGCGUCGCUGGAGGAUCAAUUAGAGGACCUCAUGCAAGGCUGCCAGCAGCAGCAGCAGCAGCAGGCUGAGAGGCAGCAUCAACUCGCUCUGGCGUUCCCCAUGCCUGCCUCCGCUCCCUGCGUCAUCUCCUCGUCCUCCGACUCUGCGCCGCCCUCCCACCACCCACUCCACCUCCACCCCUCCUCCUCCUCCACCUGCCCCUACCCCACCUGCCCCUACCCCUACCACACCGCACCGUCUCUCUCCGUGCCAUUCCCUUCGUCACCUCUCCUCCCCUGCCCGUGCUCCGGCCUGUGCGCUGCUGCCCCCUGCUGCUCCGGCGCGCUGUGCUCCCCCGUGGACGCAGCUGCGGGGCACCACCGGUGGGGCCAGCACAGCUCUCUGCAGCAGCAGCAGCAGCAGCAACAGCAGUUGUUGCAGCGGCAGAGCGGGCAGUGGGAGGGCAUGGGGCGAUGGAUGAGCUCGUUGACUGGCCACGCAUGGAUGGGCCAGCAACAACAAUCCCUGCCGCACUGCUACCAUCUGCACCAGCACCAGCACCAACAUCACCACCACCACCACCAGCCGCAGCAGCAGCUGCUGCCUCAGCGUCAGCAGUUCCAGCAGCAGCACCAGUACCAGCAUCAGCAGCAGCACCAGCGCUUCAGCUUAACUCGGCCGGCCUCCUCUUACAGUCUCACCAGUGGCAGUGAUUUCUACCCAGCGCCUUUUCCCCUUCUGAACGGCCCCAGUCUUCUCCCCAUGCCAGCGCACGAGCAGCUUUGCUCCCCGAGCCUGUUCUCCGUGCCUGUGACUUCCAGACCAGCUCAGCUGCCUCGGGCGCGUACCUCCUCUGCUGCUACUGCUGCUGCUGCCAGGCUGAAGUGCGGGCGAGGGAGGGGCGCUGCCAUGGCUGCAGCAUCGGAGAAGGAGAACAAGAGAAUCGCGGCAGCGGCCCUGCAGUGGAAGCAGCAGCAGCAGCAGCAGCAGGACACGUUCGUGCUGCCAGGGAUGCCGUCAAGUGUAGCAUUCCCAACCACGCCAGCUAUGUCAGCGAUGCCAGUGGUGCCAGCAACGCCAGUGACGACGGGAGUGCUCCGAGUGACAGCAACGCCACGCAUACCUGGAUCCGCGUUGGCAGCUGCGCCACGUGCACCCAGCGGGCCAAGCGCUGCCACCGCCGCCGCUUCUGCUGCCAUUCCUGAGGGUGUUUGGCGGAUCAAUGGCGGAAGAUACUUUCCCCUGUGGGAUGAGCAGAAUCAGCAGAAGAAACAGCAGCAGCAGCAGCAGGGCGCGAGGCGGCAUAAGCGGUUCAAGCUGGUGUCUGCAGGCAGCCACAGCGAUGCCUCAGCCAUGGGGUCCGUCACUGUCGUCGACAAGCUGUCCUUUGAGGCCGCCCCACCAGCUGCAGCAGGUGUGGCAAGUGCGGCAGGUGUGGCAGCAAGUGCGGCAGCAGGUGGCCGUGGCGGCUUGGACCUGCAGUGCACUGAAGUCAUGUAGACAGGCGGCAAUCCCCGCAGAGCUGCCGCAACCAUUCGUUACUGCACACAUGUUCAUCGGCACUCUCGCUUCACCUGACCUCUGCAUCCGUUCUGCACUCUUGAGGCUCCGCCCCCCCUCGUCCCACCCAUUCGCUCCUAUCGCUGUGGUGGCGUUCGUUCUUCGAAGACGCCGCCCUCUAUGCCGCCCCCUAUGCCGCCCUCCAUGCCGCUCUCCAUUCUGCCACUGGCGCCACCAUUACACAGUCGCACAGCCACACAGCCACACUGGAUCAAGAACUCAGUUUGACGCACACCAUGCCCGCUUCCUACCGCGCAUGCAUCCCGCAUGAGCAAUUCUUUCAUCCUUUCUCAUAGCUAUUGUUUCGUCCACUCUUGUAGCCAUUUUUUCAUCCAUUGUUUGGUUUACGUGCCAUUCGCUCCAUCCAUUUCCGCUCCUCGCUCACCGAACCAUCCACCCGUCAUUGGACACCUCAUCUUUCAACCGUCCCUCCAUUUGACAACCGCGGUGCACCAACUGCAACCACCAGCACCGCCAGACCCCCUUCCACCUCCGCCCCGCCCUUGUUACCAAUUCACCAUCAACAUCACCCGUCGCCAUCACCGUCAACAUCACCAUCGCCAUUGCCAUUGCCACCACCAUCCCGGUCGCCACCGCUGCCACUGCCACUGCUGCUGUCCCCGUGGUUCACCACCAUUACCACUGCUCCUGCCGACCUGCUGAGACAAGCACGCAGCCCAGGCUCCCCACACGUUCCACGUGUACCACACCUGCGCCAGCAACCGCAGCUCCAUAGCUUCCAAGCCAGACAGCCAGCCAGCCAGCCAGCCAGCCAGCCAGCCAGCCAGCCAGCCAGCCAGCCAGCCAGCCAGCCAGCCAGCCAGACAGCCAGCCAGACAGCCAGCCAGCCAGUCAGCCAGCCAGACAGCCAGCCAGACAGCCAGCCAGCCAGACAGCCAGCCAGACAGCCAGCCAGACAGCCAGCCAGCCAGUCAGCCAGCCAGCCAGCCAGCCUGCCAGCCAGCCGGCGCUCACCUCUUGCCUCUCCAGCCUCCCUCGCCACCGCCACCAGUUGUGCGUGCGUUAGAGAGGCUCCUCACUUCUAGAAAAUUCCCAUUGGUCUGCAAUGCAGCAUCACUCAGCAACCCCCCACGCCAUGCUCACAGCCCCUCGUGCCCAUGACUGUGCCCCUCAUGCUGCGAGUGAGAUGCGUGGCCAGUCAGCGCGGUGCGGCCGUGGUUGUGGUGUGGUGUGGUGUGGUGUGGUGUGGUGUGGUGUGCCACGGCUCACUGGUGGUGCCACGGCCCACGAUGCCAUCACACCCCCACCUUAACCAUCUGCCAUGGCUUUCAGAGAGGAGCGUGGGGCUGGAGCCUGGUGCUGUUGGUGCCGGGUCAAAUGCAGGGAGGCGAAGGGGGGUUGGGUAGGGGUUCCCUAGAGAGUGGUAUCUGUAGUGCCAUGUGUAGGGUGAUCUUGCCUAGGCCUAGCGUCCUGUUAGGUGAUCAUGCCAUAUGAUACACUGGAUGGAUGUGUAGCAGGUGAGGGGCAUGCUUGCUUGCGAGUUCAACAGUCUGGACUUAUCUGCCAUGCUACAAACUUGUAUUGGUACGUGCAGAGAGCAUCCUUUCCUUCCCUUCUAGGAGGUGUAUUCCUAAGAAGUAGCAU